GAAAUAUCAAGUUGCAGCAAUGACCGGCAGUGAUUGGUCAGAGGGAUGCUCAUUUGCAUGCUGUAUGGACACCUGUUAUGCAUGCAUCGAUGUAAACCGCCAGAGGGACCCAGGCAUGUAGAGGGCAAAAUGCGUGGUUGCUUGGACCUGUUGACACGGGUGGGGUUACCUCGGGUCAUUCACCUACGGACCAACAUGGCGGCGUGCAGGCUCCUGACACGAGAGAGGGCAACUCAGCUUCUAUCCAACAUCGACACGGUUCUCACGGACUGUGACGGUGUAUUAUGGCAGGGGACAGAAGCUCUUCCUGGUGCUGCAAAAACUAUUGCCAAACUCAGGGAAAUGCCUGAUCCAAUAGAAGGAACUGUUAGUGAUUGGAAAACUAUGCCCUUGGACCCUGAGGUGACGACUGUUCUGGUUGGUUUUGAUGAACACCUGAGUUACAAGAAGAUGAUCAAAGCUGCCAGUUACCUGAGUGAUGAGAAUGUCCAGUUUUUGGCAACCAACACUGAUGAAAGGCUACCUGUGGGAAACGGACGGGUCAUUCCUGGUACUGGAUGUAUCCUGGCUGCUGUCCAUACAGCUGCAGAUCGAGACCCAGUCAUUCUGGGAAAACCAUCCAAGUUCAUGUUCGAAGUCAUGAAAGAAAAGUUUGACCUUGACCCCAACCGUACCCUGAUGAUUGGAGACAAGUUGACUACAGACAUCAUGCUGGGUCACAACUGUGGCCUGACCACGCUGCUGGUGUUGUCUGGCAUCUCUUCACUGGACGAGGCUCGUCAGAUGCAGGCCUCCAACAGUAUAGAACAUCAGAAAUGUGUUCCACACUAUUACCUGCCUAAUAUGGGGGAACUAGGGGACCUUUUGUAGUAAAA